AUGCGUCUCAAGAAAUCGCAAAGGGCCGAGUUCUUCGAUGAGGAUGAAGAAGUCGCCCGACCCAAGCCAAGUCGUGCUACACGCUCAUUGAAACCAUUUCGCCUACUCGAUCUCCCAUCCGAGAUCCGGGAACGGAUCUACCACUUCGCUCUCUUCACUCCGUCACGGAAAAGCGCCCGGAAGAGAAACGGCACGGUUGGCGCUUCCGCAAAAAAACAUAAGGCUUUUUCGCCCACAGCCCAGCGCAUUAAUUUGUUCCUGAGCUGCCGUCGCAUCCACGAUGAGGCCAGUUACUACUUCUUCUCGACACAAGUAUUUCGACUCUUCUCCAUCCAGGACUUCGCGCAGAUGCCGACCGUCCGGCAACUGCCCCGUAGCCACCGAGGCUCGGUGACAACGAUUGAGCUGAUCUUGGGAAAUAGCUGGACUGCACCUCCCAAGAACUAUACUGUUAAUCAGGGACUGGGUCUCCACGAUAUGGUAUUGACGCGGACACUCAAAGUCUGGAUCGAGUGCGACCCCUCGCAGCCAAUCUUCGAGGGAUUUCGCAUCUCCAAGGAUUUCUAUACGGACUUUGCUGGGAACUUGCUCCGACAGAUCCUUGAACGUCUUCCCAACCUGGUCCAGGUCGAGUUUGAUGCAUAUCCGUCAGUACAUAAGAAUGGAGGGUUGAUGACGCGGUUGCUAGAAGAGACUCGAAAAUUCGGAAAGAAAGUGCUAUGGGGUCCGGAGCGAGGCUGGGUUGACGAUGAGGACGAUUUCGAUCCGCCUGAAGAGGACCUUGUCGAUUGUAUCGGUGACAAUCUGCAAUCGGCACAGCCGGCCAUGGAUAUCUUGAGUGAGACACUGCAGCUCAUUAGGUUGGAAAGGGAGGCAGUGGCUGUUUAG